AUGGGAGACGAAGGGGUGAAGAACGAAGCAAUGGAGAUAAUGAGUCUCUUCCAAGUGCUGCCUCGUCUUGUCGUCUUUGAUCUCGAUUACACACUCUGGCCUUUCUACUGUGAAUGUCGCUCGAAGCGUGAAAUGCCAUCAUUGUAUCCUCAUGCCAAAGGAAUAUUAUAUGCACUGAAGGACAAAGGCGCUAAUCUUGCCAUUGCCUCAAGAUCACCAACUCCAGAUAUAGCAAACACUUUUUUGGAUAAAUUGGAGAUAAAACCAAUGUUUGUAGCUCAGGAGAUAUUUUCGAGUUGGACACACAAGACUGAACACUUUCAACGAAUUAAUCGGAGGACUGGAAUUCCAUACAAUGAAAUGCUCUUUUUUGAUGACGAGGAUCGAAACAUAGAAGCAGUUUCUAAAAUGGGUGUGACAAGCAUCUUGGUGCGUAAUGGCGUGAAUCUAGGUGCUCUGAGACAAGGGCUCACUAAGUUUACACAGAAUCUGGAUUCUUUGGAAAGGAACAAACAAAGGUGGAAAAAUUUUUCACGAAAAUCAAGUUCAUCAGAAAGAGACCAAUCCUAA